ACUCAUCUAAUCAUGUUUGCAGUAACUUGACUACUUCCCACGGCGUGGUAAUGCUUUCCCAACAAGUAGGCAAUGACCGCACUAUCCUAAGUCUCUUGAGUACAGGCGAGGCUUGGGUGCACCUGCCAGAAGAUGUCAUGUUCGCCGUCCCAGGUCUGGUUGAUCGGCCUACCAUCAUGCGGGCUUACGACCCUCAAAAAGAAGAAGAAGAACAGCUUCCCCCCAAAACAAUCGCGGCUCGAGUUGCCGUCCUGAAAAAGAUACGCGCGCUGGAGAAGGAGGUUGAAACCAACUAUCAGAGCGUUUCAAUGAAGAUCCACCGCAUCCUCGAAGACGCGCCGUGGGCAAAUUCCGAGGAUUGGCAGGAAAUCACGACGGCGGAGAUAUUGAGGACUAUUGGCGAUAAAGACGUUCUUGUGCAGCUCUGCGUGCACAAGUUCCUCAUGGCGAACCACGACCGCUUCAUCGCGCAGACCAGCAGCUUCUUGGAAACACAAAAGUUUUGGGUUCGUCCUCGGCAGCCCCUUGGGGACCUGGAGGCGGUUUCGAGAAUGCUUGCAGUCAGCGACCCAGCGCUGGACGGCUUCUACAAAAAGGCGAAAACACUUGUCGCAACAUCUCGCAUGGAUCAGACCUCUUCUUCAAGUCCUGCGGGCCGUGCGAAUAUCUCCAUUACCUUCACUUCGGAAGAGCAAGCAAUUAUUCGCGUGCUCCACGAUUUCGUCCGAUCGACGCGUUCGACACAGAAAGAUCCUUACGUUGUUCCAGUCGCUACCGUCAUGAAGCGGAUGGGUUUGUCCGAGGGGAAGGUCGAUCAGGCUGUUGUUCACAAGCUCCUCAUCGAGAUGGGCGUGGUCGCGCCGUGGGACGAUCCCGUCACCAGGGAGAGGGCCCUGUUAUGCGUUCCGUCGAGAACGAGCAUCCCAGCGCCUUCUACCUCAACAUCAUCUGGUGCGAGUCUCAGUCCCGAAGAGUUCUACCCUCGCGAUAUCGUCGAGCACGUGCGGCAUGACUUCAAGGACCUACCUGCCUUCGUCAUUGACGAUGAAGGCGCGCAAGAGCUCGACGACGCGCUGUCUAUCGAAUCAAUUCCUUCCGAGCCGGGCUCGUACUGGCUUCAUGUCCACGUCGCUGAUCCCACUCUUAAAAUCCACCCAAAUCAUACACUGGCACGCCAGGCUCGUAUACAGUACACUACAUCUUACGACAUCCACAGCACGACGCCGAUGAUCCCAUCUGCCUUCAUGUACGACGGGCUUAGUCUUGGUACAAAUUCUAGGAACGGCCUCUCGGAGAAUGUUCUCACAUUCAGCUGCAAGGUCAACGAGCUCGGCGACAUCACGGACUACAAAGUCCGGGCAGGGCUUCUACGUAACGUGCAUGUUCUGCAGUAUAAUCAGGUUGAUAAGCUUUUGGGUCUACCUGCUAGAUCACAGUUCUUGCCUUUCGCACGAAAAGCGAACCUGGAAUCCCGACUUGUCACUCCUUCUCUUGCACCUGCACAAGUUGAAGAGCUGCGGACUCUCUAUAACAUCUCCCUCAAGUUCGUGGCCAAUCGGUUCUUGUCCAAUAGAUUUUGGUUCUCGGCACCCACGGUGAAGGUCACUAUGGAUUCUAAGCCAUCACCACCGAAUUCCACGGAUCUGACACAUCCAAAUAUCUUCGAGGGCUUCCCUCAGCUCACCUAUGAAGUUGGAGAGCAAGCGUACGACGAAAUCGGUGCGCGGCGAAUGGUUGCGGAAGCAAUGAAAGCUGCCUGUCGCGUCGCGUCGCGAUUUUGCCGUGAUCAUAACAUCCCCGCUGUUCGACGUACAUCGACCGCUCCAGACGCCACUGACGAAGCCUUGGCGGAUGUGCUCUCGCUGCGCGACCCUGAUACCUAUAUUCCCUAUGAGGACAUCAUGAAGAAGAAGGUCGGCUUCCCACAGGGUGACAAUCAGGUGUCAACGAAGGGGCACUGGGUCAUGGGCGUGCCCGACGGCGAGGGCUACCUGCGUGUGACCUCGCCAUUGCGACGGUACGCCGACCUCGUCUCGCACUGGCAGAUCAAGCACGCCCUCGCGGCGGAUGGGACUCCGGUGCAGCCGCUUUUCAGUCACGACUGGAUGACGGAGUUCGCGAAAGAGAUGACAACGAAGGAAGUUGCGCUCCGUGCUCUCGAGCGGCGUCAUCACCUCUUUUGGGCCCUCAAAUACAUAGACCGCUGGCGCGCGGACCCACGCAACCUCGCUGAGGGCCCAAAUCCGUUCGACAACCUCGAGGGUAUUGCCAUCCGAGAGAGCUCCGCCGAUGCUACGCUGCGCCGGAACACCGUGCGUGUGAUCAUCCCGCAGCUCGGCGUGCGUGCGAUGCUUGAGCUUCGCGGCGCGGACGAGUACGCAAGGCGCCCCAUGCUGGGAUUCCGGGUGCCUGUCAAGUUUCUUGGGCUCACGCUUGGUACCAAGCCCGAGUUAGGUGUUACGCUGCGCGACGUAUGAGCCGGCCAUGACUUAGCGACGUAUCGUAUAUAGUAGUAUUAAUGUAAUUACCCCCAUUCACGCAUAGAAGUUCGGUUGAUAAAGUAUGGAAAUGCGGAGCAUUUGGACCGUCCAUGCUAGUCAUCAAACCCAUAGUACGCAUCCCGCUUCGCUCGUCUUAGCCUCGCGCGCUCUUCAUUAGAAAGCGAGUGCCAUCCCUCAACUUCGUCCUCGAGCUCCAUCUCCCACUUCUCCUCAAGCUCGAGCUCUUUCUUUGACUUCUUCGGCGGGGGUGGACGCGGAGGUGGUGGUGGCGGCGGUUUCCUGUUAGGAUGCAGGGGCGCAAUAUUACGGAGCGUGCCCUUGGACAUCUUGAUUAGCGGGGAGUACACAGUCGAGGGAACGGGCGAGCCCUGUGCCUGACUUGCGCGCCGGAUGAGUUCGGACAUGGAGACGCCUUUAGCCUUGGGGAUCUGAUGUGAGAAGGAACGCAUUGUCGAAGCGGAGGACGGGGUGACUGAUGGCCUGAGAGCUGGAGUGCGAGGUAGAGGUCCCCUAAAUGAUGAGUUCUGCGCAUCCUCGCGGUUAGAGGUCUCCGUUGGGCCAGAGACAUUUCGCUCGUCGUCAGACUCGGAAGUGAUCUUCGCUUUCUUGGGUGAUAGUGGGCGGUUGUCUCCGUCGUCUUCAUCCGAGACCACCAGAGCGCGUUUCUUCCUCCUGCUCUUGCCUUUAACGUUACUCGAGCCGGGCUUUUCAGACUCGAGUGCGCUUCUUCCACUAGAAUUCCUCUUCCCCUCUUCGUCGGAGUCCAGUGCAGAUAGCUCAGACUCCAGGGGCUGGGGCGCAAGAGCUGGUGCCGAUGGUUCCUCUGCCUGUUCACCAUCGUUAUGAGUCAUUGCGGACCGCCUCACUGGACUCGGAACCUCGAUAACUACCUCCACCACCUUCUUUCCUCGCCCUCGAGCAGGAGCCUUCUUUGCCGCUGGCGCCGGCUUAGCUGGAGCAUCGUCCUCCUCCGCGCCCUCAACAGCGUCUGCUGCGGCUGCCUGUGCCUUCUUUCCUCGCCCUCGCGCAGGGGCCUUCUUCGGCUUGGGAACCAACACAGUGUCCGGGUCUGCUCCCUCCAUUGUUGCAGUCGGGAAGGCAUCGUUCUUCUUCUUGGGAGAGCGUUUCGCCCUCACCUUCGCCUUAGGCUUUGGCUUGUCGUCCCAGUCCUCGUCUUCCUCCUCCUCUGUUUUCUUCUUACGACCACGGCCUUUUGGUUUUGGCUUCGGAUCAUCCCCCAUCCAGUCCUCGUCCUCGUCAUCAGCGGCCUUCUUCCGGCCCUUGACCCUUGGCCUUGGGUUCCAGUACAGAUAGCAUUGACUGCUCAAGUGGGCCGAAAGCUUCCUUAGAGGAAGCAAGGCCAGAGGGACCGGCAGGGGGGGAGGACGAUGCGAAGAACGCCGGAGGCGGAGGUGGAGGCAUGAAUUCCGCGGAUGCCGUUGUCACCACUCCAGAUCUAUAUGGAGCAGCAGCGUCUUCAUCAUCUGAGUCUGCAUGUGCUGGCCGCUUACGCUUGCGUGCAGGCGGCGCAGGUGGAGGGGAAAGCGGAGGACUAAGGUUGAGUACAGGCGUCGACGUUGGUAACAGGUUAACAGAUGACGGUGGCGGCGGAUCCGACGGCGGUAGUUGUGAACUUGGUACUGGGUCAGAAGUGGGUACGGGGAGUGUGACUGGCGUCGAGUCUGGGGCCUCUAUUCCAUGACUAGCUUGUGCUUUUUUGGCAGGAGAUUUGCGAGCAGGAGCCUUCUUCGCUGGAGCCGCCUUCGAGGACGCGAUCUUCUUAGGCUUGUCCUUAGUCUUCGGCUUAGAAGAAGGUAGUAGAAGCUCAUCCUCUGACUCUGAGGUUAAUUCGAUGAUGUCGGUUGGCUCGACAACAAAUGUCUUUGCGAUAGUCUUAACUCGAGACCGAAUCUUCGCUCGUUCAGCGAUGUCCAGUGAGAAUGAUUCAAUACUAUCUUCGAUUAACCUCGCCUUUCCCUUGCUUGUACUGGAGACAGUAGUAGCAGUCUCGAUGGGAUCUGUGGGUAGCUGCGGGUGUGGCAUUACGGGUGUGAGAACGUUACUGAUAACUGAAGUAGACAUUGUCGGUUGAGCAAUUCCGUCCUCUGUAGCAGGGCGAAUCUUGUAAGCUGGCCGUGGCUUUGGCCCACGCCGCACUGAUGCAGCCUCUUGGAUGACCGGUGUGACCGCAGCAACAAUCGCGGGAUGAGGGCCUGCUGCUGAAGACCCAAAAGUGCCGCUAGUAAUAGCUAUUGCAAUGGAU